UUUCACAUACUAUAAAAAAUUAUUUUUUCGCAUACCCAAAAUGCCUAUUUAAAACGCAAGUACGAUUUUUUGGACAAGGCCACGGUCUAACUAAUGGGCUCCUGAAACGCUGUAGCCGCAGAUAUUCUAAUGGAUUGGCAGUGCAUUGAAUCUGCUUAUUUUAACUACCCAGCGGCUAUUGUCCUCCUACCUCCACCGCAGCAAAUGAGCUACCUACUACCAAGUGCCAACACAACAGCAGCACGUCCUAAUCAAUGUUGUUGAGGGGUGGCGUUUUCAUCUCACUCACCAACUUUCACGGUUUCGUGACUCGUCGUGAGGGAUAGAAGUCAUGGAACUUUUGAAUUGAAUCGCCUUUGAGGACUGUUUACCUCGAGUUACCACUACAUUUGCCUACAGUUUUGAUCCAGAAAGCAGGCAUGACAGUUGGACUGGGGAGGAGCGAGCCAAGGCGUCAGUAACUUCCUUGUUGUCACACACCCCACUCUGAAGAAGGGAUAUGCAAACUCUCAACUCUGGACAGUUCUGUCAGGAAAUUCCUCAUUUUGCCAAGAGUUACCCUUUCUCUAGGCUGGUUUGUACAGCUGGAAAAGCUUCUGUUUCCACAACUGUCCGGAGGAGCAUGACUGGCUGUGUAUGUUCCUGAUAAAGACCAUCCCAUCCUCCACCUUUUUAAAUGGUCUGUGAUCUGAAGCUCCGUGCCAGGAAGGGACAGCGGGGACAUUCUGAGUGUCACUAUGACAUCUGAGGACAUAGAAGCUGCUGUGGGUCGUGGGACAGUGCUAGAGUCUGCCUUGUCAGCCGAGACCAGAAAUAACCAUGUCACUUCAGACUACAGCAUGUCUCGGAGUCAAAGCAAAGCACGCCCACAUUCUCACCAGCCAGAAGUUAGCCACCAGGACAGCAGAGGCUUCUGCUCACCCCUCCCUCUGUAUCUGAAGUUAUCUUAUGACAGAGGGCAGGGGAUGUUUUUGGAUGCAGGAUGCAAAUGCUGGGAUCACUCUAACCCUAAACAUGCUAGUGCCGUAGACCAGCUCAGCGCCACAUCUCUGGGGGAGCGUGGGAUGGGAGGGUUGGGUUAUAGGGCCUGGGAGGCUGAUUGCAGAAGGACCUGGCACCCCAGUGAGAGACCCAUCGUAUCAGUCAGAGGGCACAGCGCAGAGCUUCUGGCCAUCAGCCUGCGGGUCUGCAGGGGGCUGCUCGGCUAUUCCGGGGUCAGACUCUCUGAGAUCCACCAUGCGCUGAGUGUUGAGGACAACCUAGUCCACCCAUGCAGGAAGCUCCUAGCCUUUGCUGGAUGUGUGUGUCUUAGGGUGGAAUGGCCUCCAUACCGCUGCCCGGCUCAGCCUAGGUACGGGUACCGUGCCAGCUCCCAGAAGACCUCGGUGUAUGCCCGUCUGACUGGGGCCCUGCUGGAGGCCACCGCCGCCAUCGGGGCCCGCAGUGCUCUGCCCAGAGUCACCGUGGGCUCCACUGGCCACGCCAUGCUCAAAGAGCGUCAGCUGUGGAGCAACAUGUCGGUGUCCAGCGCCCUUCCGCCCAACGUGAUUGGCAUCAGCAAGGAGCUGGCCGAGCUGUGCCACCUGAUCCAGUUCCCCGAGGAGAUUGCUAGGAUCCUGACGGAGCAGGAGCAGCAGCUGUACCGACGCAUCUUCCCACUGGACUACCUCUGCUUCCUCACCAGGGACCUGGGCAGCCCCGACUGUAGCAAGUGCCUGCACCCCAACCUCAAGGCCUCGCUGUCGGGUCCGGCCUUGCCCACGCAGACCCAGAGGAACUCUGUGGAGAACCUGGUCACACGAUUCAAUGAGGUGAGCUUGUGGGUGACCUGGUUGAUCCUGACUGCGGGUACCAUGGAGAAGAAGAGAGAGGUGUUCUCCUACCUGGUCCAUGUAGCCAAGUGCUGCUGGAACAUGGGCAACUACAACGCUGUCAUGGAGUUCCUGGCUGGACUACGGUCUCGUAAAGUACUGAAGAUGUGGCAGUUCAUGGACCAGUCAGACAUUGAGACCAUGCGCAGCCUGAAAGAUGCCAUGGCGCAGUCUUCGUCCGAGUACAAGAAGGUGGUGAACCGUGCACUUAACAUCCCAGGGUGCAAGGUGGUGCCUUUCUGUGGCAUCUUCUUUAAAGAACUGAGUGACGCGCUGGACGGGGCUGCCAGCAUUAUCAGCCUGUGCCACUCACCGCACGACUCACCAGAGGACUCACUAGAGUUUGUGACGGACUACGGCGGGCAGGAGCACUUCCUGCAGAGGGCGGGGCCAGACGGACUGCACAGCCAGGAGAAGGAGGCCACGGUCAGCAACAUCCUGCAGAUCAUCCGCUCCUGCAACCGCAGUCUGGAGACGGAGAAAGGGGGCCACCACGAAGGCUUCUCUACCUCCCACAAAAACUCUUUCAUGGACAGGAACACGAACCAGUUUGUGGUGGGGGACCUGUCAGACUUUGAGGGCGACCCGUCUGAGCAGGCUAAGGAGGUGGCGUUCCAGGGCACCGAGGAGACCCACCGGGCCUUUAGCCACGGCACGGAGCUCAUCCCCUGGUACAUGCUCUCCCUCCAGCCUGACGUCCACCAGUUCCUCCUACAGGGAUCCACCGUCAUCCACUACGACCAGGAGAGCCACCUCACUGCUCGCUGCUUCCUCCGCCUGCAGCCCGACAACUGCUUUCUGACCUGGGCUAAUCCCCAGAGCGGCAGCCCCCCCGCAGAUCCCCCAGGCCUGGGUCAACACGUAGUGAGCGGCCUGGCGGAGGGCCUGCUGGACCUCUCUGUGGUCAAGGCUGUGUUCAUGGGCCACCAGGGGGUGGACGUGUACGCUGUGUGUCUGCAGAACAAGCUGUGUAACACCAUGAGGGCCGAGGAGAAUGGGGUCAGUCUGCUCUACGGGCUCCAUACUACAGACAACAGGUUGCUGCACUUUGUGGCCCCCAAGCACACAGCCUGCAUACUGUAUGAGGGCCUGGUGGAGCUGGUCAACACCAUGAGGAAGCUGAAGAAGUUCCCUGAUAAGAGACUGCAUUGGCUCAGGAGGCAGUACGUCAGCCUCUAUCAGGAAGAGGGCAGGUACGAGGGUCCCACCCUAGUUCAGGCCAUCGAGCUGUUUGGGGGGCGGCGCUGGAACAUGGGCACAGAGGGCACAGAGAAGCCCAGCGUGCAGAAGAACAUCUCCACCACCAAGAAGAAAAAGAAUGCUCCUGUCAGGAAAUACAGCGGGGAUGCUACCGAUGACGAGACGAGCCAUCGUAAAACCAAGAGCUGCAAGGACAACCUGUGCAGAAACGGGCAGGAGCUAUAUGACAGCGUGGACCAGGAAGAGUUAGAGGACGGCUUCCCUGGACCUUUCCCCCCACCAAGCUGUAAGAGCCCUGGUUCACUGGCCUCUGGUUUCCUGGCCUCCUCCCCCGUCCUCUCAGGCAGCACCAAGGCCCAGCCAGGUGUGUGGAGCAGCAAGAGCUGGCAUGGCCUAGGGAAGAGCUACUUCAAGGGCUUCCAGAACCUCAUGAGCUCUGACAGCACCAUGAGCUUCAUCGAGUUCGUCGAGCUCUUCAAGUCUUUCAGCAUUCGGAGCCGUAAAGACCUGAAGGAGCUGUUUGACACCUACGCCGUUCCUUGUAGUAGCUCCGGCCCAGAGUCUGCCCCCCUCUACACCAACCUGAGGAUCGACGAAGACACGGGACUGCAGCCUGACCUAGACUUGCUGACCCGUAAUGGUUCGGACCUGGGCCUCUUCAUCCAAACACGCCAGCAGAUGUCUGAAAACCAGAAGCAGAUCUCGGACGCCAUUGCGGCAGCCAGCAUCGUGACCAAUGGGACGGGCGUGGAGAACGCCUCUCUAGGGGUGCUUGGGCUGGCCAUCCCACAGCUCAACAAUUUCCUGGUCAACUGCCAGCGGGAACACCUGACCUACGACGAAAUCCUCAGCAUCAUCCAGAAAUUUGAGCCUUGUGUAAGCAUACGUCAGAUGGGUUGGAUGUCCUUUGAAGGUUUUGCCAGGUUUUUGAUGGACAAAGAGAACUUUGCGUCUAAGAACGAGGAGUCUCAGGUGAAUACGGAGGAGCUCCAGUACCCCAUGUCUUACUACUACAUAGAGUCCUCUCACAACACGUACCUCACUGGACACCAGCUCAAAGGAGAGUCCUCUGUGGAGCUUUACAGCCAGGUGCUGCUGCAGGGCUGCAGGAGUGUGGAGCUGGACUGUUGGGAUGGAGACGACGGAUCACCCAUUAUUUACCACGGAUACACCCUGACCACCAAGAUCCCCUUCAAGGAUGUGGUGGAGGCGGUCAAUCGCACUGCUUUUGUCAACUCAGACAUGCCGGUCAUCCUGUCCAUUGAGAACCACUGCUCUCUGCCCCAGCAACGCAAAAUGGCUGAAAUCUUCAAGGCAGUGUUCGGAGACAAGCUGGUGACCAAAUUCCUGUUCAAAAGUGAUUUCUCUGAUGACCCACUGCUCCCCUCCCCCAUGCAACUGAAGGGAAAGAUCCUCCUCAAGAACAAGAAGCUGAAAGCACACCAGGCUCCUGUUGACAUUCUCAAACAGAAGACUCACCAGCUGGCCCACAUAAAGGCACAGGCCAGCAACGGGGCCCCGGGAGGAAGCUCACCUGGUAACCAAAAUGAUGAUGAUGAUGAAGAGGAAGAAGACGAGUACGACGAUGACUGUGAAUCCUUGUCUGAUGAUAACAUCCUGAAUGAUAAACCAGAAGGGAAGUCAUCAGGUGACAAGGAAGACCAUCCCAUCAUUGAUGAGAUGGCCAAGAGGAUGAAGAAAGCAGACAAUGCUGUAACCAAGAACAAAGGGAAGGUAUUUGACAUAGAGCUGGAAGAAGAGUUAUAUCCCCCCCAGAACAAGAAGGAGAGUCGACAGAUCGCUCAGGAGCUCUCUGACCUCAUCAUCUACUGCCAGGCCGUCAAGUUCCCUGGCCUCUCCACCCUCUCUCAUUCGGCCUCUGGCAGAAGAAAAGACAGAAAGAACAGGAAGUCCAUCUUUGCCAUGGAUCCUGGUCGUAGCGGAGGCAGCCCCAGGGAGGCAGUACCGGGGAAGGGUGGCGUGGAGGGCAUGCGUCUGAGCUGGGAAGAGCAGACAUCGCCCAUAUUCAGCCCCAGCGCCUCAAUGAGUGCCAUCCUCCGCACUCCCAAGUGCUACCACAUCUCCUCGGUCAACGAGAACACUGCCAAGCGCCUUUGCCGCCGCAACUCCCAGAAGCUGAUCCAGCACACCACUUGCCAGCUGUUAAGGACCUACCCGGCCGCAACGCGCAUCGACUCAGCCAACCCCAACCCUCUGCCCUUCUGGCUACACGGCAUACAAGUGGUGGCUCUCAAUUAUCAGACUGACGACCUGCCCAUGCAGUUGAAUACAGCUCUGUUUGAGGCAAAUGGUCAUUGUGGAUAUGUCCUGAAACCUCCAAUGCUGUGGGAUCGCUGCUGUCCCCUCUACCAGCAACUCUGCUCCCUGGAGAGAGACGUGGAGAGCAUGAGCCCAACACACUACUCUCUGACUAUUGUGUCUGGGCAGAACGUGUGCCCUGCCAACAGCGCGUGCAGCCCCUGUGUGGAGGUGGAAGUGAUGGGCAUGCCCGUGGACAGCUUCCAAUUCCGCACCAAGCCCAUCCACCGCAACACACUCAACCCCAUGUGGUCAGAGCACUUCCUGUUCCCCGUGCACUUUGAGGACGCCUGCUUCCUGCGCAUCGCUGUGGUUGAGAACAACAGCUACCAGACCACUGCUCAAAGGAUUCUGCCCCUACGGGCCCUCAAACCAGGCUACAGACACAUCCAGCUGAGGACACAGCACAACGAGCCCCUGGAGGUGUCCAGUCUGUUCAUCUACAGCCGCAGAGUAGAGGAGAGCCCCACCGGCACAGCCCUGCCUGCUGCCAUGCUGAUUAGUUCUGAGGAGCGGAGGGCAGCCCAGCAGCACAAAGUGACUGUCCAUGGGGUGCCAGGUCCAGAGCCUUUCACUGUAAUGUCUGUGAACGAGCAGACCACCGCCAGACAGCUACUGGACAUGUUACCGAUGUCCACAGAUGGUGCCAGUGAGUACUUCCUGUGUGAGGAGAAGGUGCUCCUGGCGAAGGAGCGCAGUGACAGUAAGAGGUGUCCUCAGCAGCGCCCCCUAGCCCCCGAGGAGGAGAUCAUCAGGUUAAUCAACAGCUGGCAGCCCGAAGAGGGAUAUGUGGGCAGAAUCUGCCUUAAAACCAAGGAAGAGAUGGCCGGUGAGGACAAGAGGAAAGGCAUCUCGUUUGCCAGCGAGCUCAAGAAACUGACGAGUCGCAGCCAGAGCGUCAUUGCCCCAGCCACACAAGAGCAUAGCCACUGUAAGGAUGAAAGCAGCAGGGCAGCAGACAGUGUUGCCUCUGACUGAGACCCAUGAGUGAGAUGCUCGGUCUGCAGUGUGUGGCUGGAGUCCCCAGAAGGGUCUCUCUCUGCAGGACUCAAGGCCUGGAUGGUGGAGGGCUGGGCAGAGGCAGAGAGGCUCCUCCUGGGGGGCGGUGACCAUCCUGUCCUUGGGGGCAGGGCCCACAACGGCUAUCUGACCACCCCUACCUGGUUCCUCCCUCUGAUGAGGAACUGGAAGAUCCACAAAUGAAGCCAGGCCCCCCUCCACCAACCUAGAGAGCACCAGUAUUCCUGAACACACCAUGAUGAGUUGAGUUAGUCCCUCCCAUGAGUAAAGAGGUUCCCCCAGAAAGUCCCACCCUGGCUGGCUGGUUGAGUUGGAUGGCGGCUCCAGGAUGACGGUUCUGAGUGAAGGAAGGCUGUGUAAUCUGCAGGGUCGUUAGCUGCCCCUUCCUCUAACUGUAUUAAUUAGGGUACACCGUAGCAAAACAUUUUGCAACGGAAAACGAAACAAGUGUUUCUUAUUGGACAAGUUUAGGUAGUUCCUCCUUGUUUCAGUCCAUUUUAUUAUUGUUUGGUGCCUAAUGAAUACAUCCCUAAAGUGGCGCAGAGGGACGAGGUGGCCGUGUUGAGAGAGGAUUUGGAUGGAUUUGAAAUGAUACAAUGAUUAUGAGGUUAUUAAAGUGCAGACUGUCAGCUUUAA